AUGAAAUUUCGAUGGUGGGUAAGUUUAUACGUGGACAAAUACCAGAAGUUCUUCAUGAAGAAACUGUACAACAUGGCACAAGGGAGAUUCAACCCACCCGACACUGCAAUGCCGGGAACCACCGUGACUCUUGUAAAAACUAGCAAAAGCAAUGAGUAAGAAAGCUUCAAAUCCUCCAGUUCAAUGGCCUCAAGUCUCUCCUUAUUCUUUUCUACCUCGUUUCUCUGCAAAUCUUUUACCUCUAUUUUUUUCAUCCAACCACUCAAAGCCAUCAACAUAUAACUCCUCACUGAAUCUUAUUUCUCUGUUGAAACACUGCCGCAGUAUUCAACACUUGAAGCCUUUGAAAUCUCUUCUCAUCGUCCACGGUCUUACAAAAAACAAUCCUUUCCUAGGAGAAUUUUUCAAGUCCUGUUUUCAUCUGGGUGCUCCAGGUCUAGCUCUCUCUGCAUUCCAAACCAUUAAAAACCCAUGCAUGUUCUUGCAGAAUUUAAUGGUCAGAAAUCUUUGCAAUUAUGGGCUAUAUGAAGAUUUGUUAUGUCUCUAUAUGAAAUGCCGAGUUUCGGGUUGUUCGUCUGACGAGUUCACCUUUCCUUUUGUGAUUAAAGCAUGCUCGUCUUUGAGGGCGCUUGGGAUUGGAAGAGAAAUUCAUUGUAUUGUCUUGAAAACGGGGUAUGACAAAAAUCUUGUCAUACAAACAGCUCUAGUUGAUUUCUAUGCAAAAAAUGGCGAUAUGGAGACUGCGCGUGUAUUGGUUGAUGGAAUUUCACAACCAGAUUCGGUGUCUUGGAAUGCUUUAAUUGCUGGCUAUUCUUCAAAUGGGCUUCAUCAACAAGCGUUUGAGACUUACAGGCGGGCUCUGGAAACGGGGUUAAAACCUAAUGUGAGCACUUUGGCAAGUGUAAUUCCUGUGUGCACCCGUUUGGGUUUGUUUCAUUUUGGUAAAUCUCUUCAUGGCUUUAUCGUCAAAUCUGGAUAUAUGGGUGAUUUGUUUUUGGUGCCUGCUUUGAUUUCAAUGUAUACUGGUGAUUUUGAUUUAUCUAUGGCAAGAAAGUUAUUUGAUUCUGUGGUGGAAAAAAAUGUUACUGUUUGGAAUGCCAUUAUAUCUGCUUAUACACAAAGCAAAAAGUUUUUUAAAGCUUUUGAGAUGUUCAGGGGAAUGGUCCGAGGUAAACUGAAGCUUGAUUUGGUCACUUUUGUGUCCAUUAUUCCAUCAUGUGAAGAUUAUAGUUGCAUUGAUCAUGGUGAAUCCCUUCAUGCUUGUGCAGUAAAGCAUGGAUUAGAAAAUCAGCUUUCUGUUUCAACAGCAUUCUUAUCAAUGUAUGCGAAGUUUGGAAAUUUUGAUUUGGCCAAGUACUUAUUUGAUCAAACCCCAACUAGAAACCUAUUGUCAUGGAAUGUAAUGAUUUCUGGAUGCUCAAGUAAUGGGCUAUGUGAUGCAAGUUUAGCUGUAUUUCGAGAAAUGCAGAUUGAAGGGUUCAACCCUGAUGCAGUAUCCCUUAUUAGUGUCAUUUCAGCUUGUUCCAAACUAGAGGUCAUUUUGCUUGGUAAAUCUGCCCAUGCAUUUAGUCUCAGAAAAGGUUUAGAUGCAAACAUUGAUGUAACAAAUGCACUCCUGAUGCUUUACUCCAAUUGUGGUAAACUAUCCUAUUCUUUUAAGCUUUUUUACAGGAUACCCAUAAGAAAUUCUGUGUCAUGGAAUACUUUAAUAUCUGGAUGCAUACACAGUGGAAAAGUGAAAGAAGCAAUGAUUCUUCUUGAGCAAAUGCAGAAAGAAGGAACAGAGUUGGACAUGGUUACCCUGAUAAGCAUUAUCCCUUCUUUCAGUGAGAAUGAAAAUUUGAAGGAAGGAAUGGCUAUUCAUGGUUAUGCUGUAAAAACUGGGUAUACUUCUGAUGUUUCUUUAACAAAUGCACUAAUUACCAUGUAUUGUAACUGUGGAAAUCUUAAUGAUGGGAGGCUACUCUUUGAAGUCAUGCAUGAGAGGGAUCUGGUCUCAUGGAAUUCUAUAAUAAGUGCAUGUCGAUAUCACAACUUACAGAAUGAGGUUUUGGUCUUGUUCAGAGAGAUGAGAAGAGAAGGUCAGAGGCCAAAUCAUGUAAGCUUGCUGAAUUUGUUGCCUGCAUGUUGUACUGAGGUGCAGGGUAAAUCUGCACAUGCUUUUGCAAUUCGAACAGGAUUUGUUCAAGAAACUCCGCUUCUUACGUCUCUCAUAUUCAUGUAUAAUAGAUUUGAAAACACAAAACUAAGUCUAUUAAUUUUUCAAAUGGCAGACAAGAGGGAUAUUUCUUUGUGGAAUGCUGUUAUGUCUGUGCAUAUCCAAAUAAAAAAUGCCAAACAAGUCAUUGCUUUCUUCAGUGAAAUGUCAUUAAUGGACUUGGAGCCCGAUAAAGUAACAGUUAUGAGUUUAAUAUCAGCAUGUGUUCAAUUAAAUAGCCUGAACCUUGCGCACUCUGUGAUGGCUUGGUUGAUACAGAAGGGCUUUGAUAAGGAUGUGACUGUCAGCAAUGCCCUCAUAGAUUUAUAUGUAAGAUGUGGAAACCUUUCUUUUGCGGUAAAGCUAUUUGAGAGCUUGCUUGAAAAGGAUCCUGUUUCUUGGGGUAUAAUGAUCAAUGGGUAUGGAUUACAUGGAGAUAUUGCAGCUGCCCUUGAUCUUUUUGUGAAAAUGCAAUUGUCAGGGUUGAGACCAAACGAAAUUAUCUAUUCAAGUAUCCUGUCAGCUUGCAGCCAUGCAGGAUUAAUUGGACAAAGCCAGUUAGUUUUUAACUCUAUGGUAGAACAUGGCAUAUCACCAAAAAUGGAGCACUAUGCAUGUAUGGUAGACCUGCUUGGAAGAGCCGGUUACUUGAACGAGGCUUUUAACAUAGUUAAGCAACUUCCCUUUAAACCCUCGGUAAGCCUGCUUGAAUCUUUGUUGGGUGCUUGUAGAAUCCAUAGCAACGCUAACCUUGGAGAAAAAAUUAGUGAAAUGCUGUUUGAAAUUAACCCAGAAAAUUCAGGAUCAUAUGUUAUGCUUCACAAUAUCUAUGCAUCAGCAGGAAGGUGGGAAGAUGCCAACAGAGUGAGGUCUGAAAUGGAGAAAAAAGGAUUGAAAAAAAUGCGUGGUUUCAGUUUUGUGUGAGAUGAGCAGUUGUGAUAAAGUAUCAUAGGGAUAAAGGAGUAACAACAGUUUCAGUAGUGGCAAUCCUGUGAACAAUUAAUAGGAACAUUUCUCCCUACAUUAGCAUCAAGUGAUGUUGAACGUUCUCAGGAGAAGCCCGCCUGAACCCCAGCAAGAACAUGUAUUCCAUUGCUAGGAAGGGGUUUUACAGUAUUGGAGAUUUUAUGAUCUAAGCUAAGGGCUAAUUCAUUGGAUUGUCAAUUAAGACUACAUAUUUAGAACACCUGGGUAGGCGUGAGGGGCUUAUAUGAUGUUUACUUAAACGUUUACAGCACUUAAUAAAGUGUUGUCUGACAGUUAGGGAGAUUUUGUUGUAGGAAUUUUGUUUUGCAAAAUGGGGUUGUUAGUCAUAGUACUUCACAUGGAGUCUAACUCUGGCCGGACACUUUAUAGGAGGUUAUUUAGCAAUUUGCUGCAAAAGAACCAAGAGACAUUGACAUUCCCAUACUGAGAAUACUCCAGGAUCUACUGAAAGGAAUGUUAAGUUUUUAUAGAUUGAUUGAUUAAUUGGUGGAAGGUAGACCUUGAUUUAAGGAAAUUCAUUCUUAUAAAUUGAUUGUAAAGUUUGGUUAUAAAAGAUCAUUAAAUGAAUAACACAUUAUAUAUUUUUUUA